CACCUCUCCCCACCCGUCUCUCUCUGUCUCUCUGCCUCUCUCUGUACAAUGUCUACUCCGUCUUCUUCCUCGGCAAGAUCCCUGAAGAUAGGCGUUGUAGGGUUGGGCCCUUUCGCCCAGUUCCUUUCGAAAACCAUAUUGAAACAGGGCCACGCCAUCACUGCCACUUCCCGCACAGAUUACUCCCACAUCUGUUCCCAUCUAGAUAUCUCAUUCUACAGAGACAUGGGCGAGUUCUUCGAAGCAGACAACGAUGUCAUACUGAUAUGCACUUCGAUCCUCUCCCUUGCAGACGUCGUAAAAUCCAUGCCCUUCCACCGCCUAAAACGGCCAACGCUCUUCGUCGACGUACUUUCCAUCAAGGAACACCCAAGAGAAGUUCUACUGCAAGUGCUGCCUCCGGAGUCGGACGUCCUCUGCACUCAUCCAAUGUUUGGGCCUCAGAGCGGACGAGACGGCUGGGAAGGCCUCACCUUUGUGUAUGACAGGGUCCGAAUAAGGGAAGAAGCUGUGUGCUCGAGUUUCCUGCAUAUCUUUGAAAGCGAGGGAUGCAAAAUGUUGGAACUUUCUUGUGAGGAGCACGACAAAUUGGCUGCGAGAAGUCAAUUCCUUUCUCACACAAUUGGAAGGAUCUUGUCGGAGAUGGAGAUUGGCUCCACCUCUAUUGACACCAAGAACUUUCAGACAUUGGUUAAAUUGAAAGACAGCACAAUGGAAGACAGUUUCGAUUUGUUUAGUGGGUUAUUCAUCUAUAACAGAUUCGCUCAGCAAGAGAUGAUGAAUCUAGAAGUCGCUUUUGGAAAGGUUAAACAGAAGCUUGUAGACAGGAUGAAUGAGGAGUCGAAUCCAAGUGUCUCGAAUCAAUGA